CAUGCGUGCAUAGCACACAUGCACACGUCUGUUGAGAUGCGCUGGCAGCACACACAAGUCAAGGUGGCCACAACAUGAGGGAAAAAUCGCGGUGAUCAAAUGGCUGUCAUCGCUUUUUAUGACAGAUGUUUUACGUGAUUAAUCCAUUUCGUUAAUUCACAAUCUUGCGCGCACGAAUGUACCGGACGAGCUCUCUCGUCUCUUGAAUCUCGCGCGACUCGAGGCACGCGUCAUCGUCCUGUGUCAUCUUUCGAAUUGUAUAAAAAGUCAAGAACCUAGAGCAGACAGAGAGCGAACGAGCAUCGAAGAAAGAAGAACGCGCUUCGUCAAAUGUCUCGUCGACGAAGCGGUUAGAUAUCUUUUGGUGAAGAGUGGAGAGAGAGAAGGAAACAGAGCGAGAAAGAGAGAGAGAGAGAAAGAGACAGACUUGGAGCCAGCUGGUCGUGGGCUCAUCGUGUACCCGAGGAAGGCAUCGUUCGCGAAGUGUCCAAGUGUCGUGAAGUGAUAAUAUCGGGGAGUCCAGUGGCGGACAUCGCACGUCGACCUAUCAAGCACAAUGGCAAAGACGUAUGAUUAUUUAUUCAAGUUGUUGCUGAUCGGCGACUCCGGCGUGGGCAAGACUUGCGUGCUGUUUCGAUUCUCCGAGGACGCCUUCAACACGACCUUCAUCUCCACCAUCGGCAUUGACUUUAAGAUUCGUACCAUCGAAUUGGACGGCAAGAAAAUUAAACUACAAAUAUGGGACACAGCUGGACAAGAGAGGUUUCGUACCAUAACCACAGCGUACUAUCGUGGAGCAAUGGGAAUUAUGUUGGUGUAUGAUGUUACAAAUGACAAAAGUUUUGAGAACAUUAAAAACUGGAUUCGAAAUAUAGAGGAAAACGCGUCUGCAGAUGUGGAAAAAAUGUUAUUAGGUAAUAAGUGUGAGCUUACAGACAAGAGGCAAGUGACUAAGGAAAGGGGCGAGCAAUUAGCUGUCGAAUAUGGCAUUAAAUUUAUGGAAACUUCGGCAAAAUCUAGUAUCAAUGUUGAAGAGGCUUUUUAUACUUUGGCACGUGAUAUCAAAGCAAAAAUGGAAAAGAAAUUGAAGGAAGCAUCGAAUCCACCGAAAGGCGGUGGUCAUCAAUUGAAAGCUUCAGAACCACAGAGGAAGCCACCCAGUUGGCUCGCACGUUGUACUAUACUCUGACCCUUCAAAUAUUUUCAAUUGUUCAGCGAGAAGACACAUCUAUUUACUAUCAUUAUUUACUUAUGUUCAUUUCGUCGAACAAAACCAAUGUUUUGUGAAACUUUUCAUGUCCCAAGUAUUGGACUUAGUGGGUUUACUCCUUGACAAUGAAAGAUUCACAAUUGUAUUAAAAACUCAGAAACUAUUUGCAUGUAUUUUUUGCCGAAAAACCCUCAGAGGAGAAAAUAUACAUAUUAGAAUUUUCUAUUUUGUUGUACAUAAAAAAAACAAUACAUUUUAAUAAAACCAAUAUUACAAUUUGCGCUCUCUAAUUUGUUAAUCAUUAUUCAUUAUAUUUAAACGAAUUUAUGUACAGAUGAUAGUUUUGUGAUAGGUAUAUUAAUUAGAAUUAAAUAAUCUUAUCAAGCUAUUUCAAAAAUUAUGAUGUAAUUAUUAAAUCAGGUAAAAAUUGCUAUAUGUGAUAUAUUAAAUACAUUUCUCCUCUGAUGUUUUUAUACAUAUUCUAUGGAUAUGGUCGAAAGAUGGACUAGGACUGUAGCGCGGAUUUCUUUGUGACAGUCGGCACAAUUUUUUUAUUGGAAAAACUUAAUGUUGAGUAUAAAAGUAUAUAUUAAUUUUAUGGCAAUGGGAUAUAAAGUAUACAUUUUUUCAUGCACGCAAAAUUUUGUACUGUUUCAAGAUGAUUUACGUCGUGUGUGUUUUUUUCGAGGACUAUAUGUCUGUAAGAAUAUACAUAGAAACAUACAUCACACACUGUGCAACAUCACAUAGAAUGACUAAAAAUAAAUAAAUAAAUAAGAUUAAGCAGUAUAUAGGUAUCACAACCGUUUUUAUACUGUUAUUAAGCAGAUAUAGCUUUUUCACAAAAUUAACGGGAAAACAAAGUCUACUAGAGCAUUAAUUAUGAUGUAAUUAAAAUGCCUUGUGACGAAUUGAACAAGAAUUCUAUAGACAAUUUUGUUAUAUCACAGAUAGUCAUAGAAUUUUUUAUUAGGUCUAAGAAAAGAAAAACAAAGUUUGUUUUUCGAUGGAAUUAUUAUUUUAUAGAGAGAUUCACGUGUUUACGAGAAUCUGCAGUAAAAAAAAAUCUUUUAAUCGCUGGUUGUCAUAAUAUGCAAGUUUACAUUUUUACUUGCAAGACUUAAGUUGCAUUUUUACCAUCAGAACUUGUUCAACUUAUACUUAAAUAUACAAAACGAUUAUUAUAAUACAUUUUUUAUUAAUCAUGUAUAUAUACAUGUUUCAGUGUAUUUAUUAGUAGAAAAUCCUAUCCUGUCAUUCAUGUAAAUGGUGGUAAAUAUUUAUUUUUCAGAUGAACAUCGUAUUUUCCAAGUUUGAAUUCUACGUUUUGGACGACAUCGAAGCUAGCAUAGAUUCCAAAUUUUUAAUUUUUGCUUCAUUCUUUUGAUGUAUCGCGUGUGUGCACAAACCCACAAUUUGUAAACGUUGAUUAAGGUCGACAACCGCUUCACAGGAUUUUUGCAGGUGUUGUUGCUCUUGUGAAAGUUUUGUGAUUUUACUGAAAUCAAUCAUGAAUUUCAUGUAUGUAUUAAUAAUUAUUGUUAAAGCGGUAUAAAAUUAAUUAUUGCUUUAUUAUUGAUAUUGCCUUGUUGCAAAAAAAUUAGAAAUCCAAUUGAAAAAUCUGUCAUUAAAAUCAAGGUAAAUCAAGACUGAAAAUAAAAUCACAUGUAUUUACGUGUAUUAAAAUGUACGUGUAUGUAUAUUGAAAGUAAGAUUAUAUAACAAUAUUAUGUAA